AUGACCGUUCAUUCACUCACCACAAGGCGCCUUGUUCUUCGACUUUAUCGAGAUCUCCAGCGAUACGGUUCCCAGCUUCAACUGACCGACAAAGACUACUUCCGGCAUCGCAUCCGUACUGAAUUCACGCACAAUCGAGACCUUAUCGACCCCAAGGAAAUAGAAUUCGCGUACAAGCGCGGGCGAACUCUGCUGGAUCGAGCACGUGUAAUUUAGUCGUAAAAUGCUUUCGCUUAGAA